AAACUCAUAAUCCUAGUAAUCAAGAACAUUUUGAAAAGAUCUGUUGAACUGACAGUAUGUAUGAAGGUAUUUUAUGCUAUUUGUUGUAUUUUUCUCUUUUUUAUUUAUUGAGUUUUCUUUUUCUACAGGAUGAGAAACUAAGUGAAUUUUUAACAUUUGGACUGAGAUAAGGGAAUUGAAGGGGGAUAGGGGACUUGUGAUCACUAUAUGCAGUAAAAUAAGUCCUAUUAAGGUUUUUCAGGUAAGGAAUACCUAAAUUGUUUAGAGCUCUAUAACACUGAAUAUAAAUCUUUAAUUUCCACAUUUCUUGAUUCUUUUCUAAAAGGAUUUUUUUCCUGAUCUCUGUGAUCAAAGAUCUGGCUGUGAAGAUUUUCCUGGUGUCUCACCAUGGGACUGUUCAAUGUUUCACAUCCUACUGUAUUCCUCCUGACAGGGAUCCCUGGCUUAGAAUAUACUCAGAAGUGGCUAGCUGGGCCCCUCUGCAUGAUGUACACAGUAGCUCUUGGGGGCAACACUAUGAUCCUGCUGGCUGUGUGGGGGGAGUCCAGCCUCCAUGCACCCAUGUACUAUUUUCUGUCCAUGCUUUCUUUCAGUGAUGUGGCCAUGUCACUGGCUACAUUUCCCACUGUAAUCAGAACUUUCUGUCUCAAUGCUCGGGCCAUUGCUUUUGAUGCCUGCCUCACUCAGAUGUUCCUCAUUCACUCAUUCUCCAUGAUGGAGUCUGGCAUUCUGCUGGCCAUGAGUUUUGACCACUAUGUAGCUAUCUGUAACCCACUGCGCUAUGCCUCUGUCCUCACCAACCAAGUCAUUGCUGGGAUGGGCCUGGCUGUGACUGCCCGAAGCUUCAUAACCCUCUUUCCCUUGCCCUUCCUCAUCAAGAGGCUUCCCAUUUGUAGAUCCAAUGUGCUCUCCCAUUCCUAUUGCCUGCACCCAGACAUGAUUAAGUUAGCAUGUGCUGAUAUUACUAUAAAUAGCAUUAUUGGGAUGUUUGUGUUGCUAUCUACCUUUGGCCUGGACUUUCUUUUCAUUAUCCUCUCCUAUAUUCUGAUCCUGCGCUCUGUACUAGCAAUUGCCUCCCAUGAGGAGAGGCUCAAAGCUCUCAAUACAUGUGUGUCCCACAUCUGUGCUGUGCUCAUCUUCUACAUACCCAUGAUUGGUGUUUCCACUGUGCAUCGCUUUGGCAAACAUGCUCCUCGGUAUGUGCAUGUGCUCAUGUCAAAUAUCUACCUCUUUGUUCCACCUGUUCUCAACCCCAUUAUCUACAGUGCCAAGACAAAGGAGAUCAGACGAAGCAUUGUUCGCAUGUUUCACCGACUAAUAAUGUAA